UUCAUUCUGUUUUCUUGUAGGGAUAAUGACUGUUCUUGCUUCUCACCUAAGUUGAAUAAGCACCCUGUGCACUUUAAUCUCCUGUCGGUGCCAUUGGGCCAACUGAAGACAAGUCUCAAAUCUCAGCUAUAAGGACAGCCAGCCAAAGUCUCAGUCUUGCCUUAACAAUGUUCCAGAGGCUGAAUAAAAUGUUUGUGGGUGAAGUCAAUACUUCUUCCAACCAAGAACCAGAAUUUAGUGAGAAAGAAGAUGAUGAAUGGAUUCUUGUGGACUUCAUAGAUACUUGCACUGGUUUCUCAGCAGAAGAGGAGGAAGAUGACGACAUCAGUGAGGACUCACCUACCGAGCACCCUUCAGUUUUUUCCUGUUUGCCUGCCUCUCUUGAGUGCUUGGCUGAUACAAGUGAUUCCUGCUUCCUCCAGUUUGAGUCCUGUCCAAUGGAGGAGAGCUGGUUUAUAACCCCUCCCCCGUGUUUUACCGCAGGUGGAUUAACCACUAUCAAAGUGGAAACAAGUCCUAUGGAAAACCUUCUCAUUGAACAUCCCAGCAUGUCUGUCUAUGCUGUGCAUGACCCCUGCCCUGGGCUCAGUGAGACCAGCUGUGGGACUGAUGAAUUUCAUAACCCAAGUAGUCCCAGAGCAGAAGCUCAAAAUGGAGUGGGCCAGCACAUUCAUUGCUACGUUGCAGCUCUUGCUGCUCAUACAACUUUUCUGGAACAACCUAAGAGCUUUCGCCCUUCCCAGCGGAUAAAAGAACAUAGUGAAAGACAGUCUCUGAACAGAAAUAGCCUUCGUCGCCAAAAUCUUACCAGGGAUUGCCACUCUCGGCAAGUCAAGCACAAUGGCUGGGUUGUUCAUCAGCCCUGCCCGCGUCAGUACAAUUACUAAAAAUUUCAAGUUUUGUUGGUUGGUUUCUCUUGGUUUGUGCAUAUGUGUGAGGAGGUGUGCGUAUGUACAAUGAAAAUGCUGUCUCUUUACAGCCAAUUGAAGACCAAUCACAUAGUUAUAGCAGUGUGUUCAGACACUAUUUUGAAAACAAGAUUUUUAUGCUGUGUAUCACAUAAUGCCUUGCUCUUAACAUUUACUUUUUUGUAAAAAUUUUCAGAAUACUUUUGGAAACAUAUCAAUACAGUUACAGUGUUUAAUGUUUGGGGAUGUCUUUAAGUCUGUUAAGGUGUACAUGAAUUAAGUCAGCAUUUUAAAGACAUUUCUUCCCAAGUACAAGAAUAGGCAUCUUUCAAUUCCAUCUUAUUUUAUAUUACUUAAUCAGUCUUUUGAGUAGGCAAAAAUUUAUUCUCAGGGUCAGCCAUACACUUUAUUAACCAGUACUUGAUCAUCUUUUUCUGUAUAUAACGAAUACGUUUUUACACACUAACAUGAGCAUUAACAGGUGAUAGUUGCCAUGGAUAUAAUGGAAUUAUGGCUGGACUUUCUUUUGAAAGAAAACUUGAUUUAUUUUUGUGUGUAUGAUUUUUUUCCCCCUGAUUAGUCAUGCAGUUCAUUUUGGAAUUCAGGUACAUGAUGCUUGAGCAAAUAGUGCAUUCAGUAAUUCCAGUGUGACUGUAUGACGUGGUACAGACAUUACAGGUGUCACAUGUGGGCAAAUGCACUUGUCUGGCAUGCAGAGAUGAAAUCAGACCUGUGAAAUGAUAUUUGGAAAAAUUCAUGUCUAUAGCCCAUUAGUCCAGUAUUUAAGUUGUUUCAUUUCUUCCCUCUAGCUCUGCCCACCUCCCACCUCACGUUAGCUGUAAAUUCAGAAGCACUUGCCCAGGCACUUGAGUGACUUCGUAUAUAUAUCUGCCCACAGGAAUAGAGACAGGCUUUGUAUUUCCAGAUACAGUGACAAAUCCUCUGCCAUGCAGCCUGUCCUGCCAAGUGGCAAGCAAGGGUGAGGGCAAGUUUCUGGUGAUGUCUUUUCAUAGUGUCUAAGUGGAGCAUGACAGUUGGCUUCCUUGAGUUUUCAUCUUUUGUUUUAACUUCAGGCAAAAUCUUUAACCACUCUGGCCUCUGUUUCCUCCACCAACAGGGGAGUAGUGAUAUUACCUCCCUCACAGAGUUGUUGUGAGGACUAUACACUGAUUUGAAAAGGGACUGUCCAGAAUUGAACCUUGCAUGAAAUUCCAAGGGCCAUUCUACUGAAUCUACUGACAGGGUUGGGGCUGUGGUGAUUUUUCCUUCCACAACUAUUCUUCACAGUGUUGGUGCUAAUGAGGCUGAGGGCAGGGUUUGAUUCACAGGUAGGCCAGUUAACUCACACAGAGACCUAUUUCCUUACCUCUAGCCAGUAACUUCAUUUUUUAACAGUUCUGGUGGGUUUUACUGAGCCAUCCACACUCACUCAUUUCUCUUGAAAUUAAGUAAACACCUUUACAUCCAAAGCACGUCCUACUGACAGAACAGCGGCAUCACCUUUAAUCAAAUGGCUAAUUUUUGUCUCCUCUGUAACUCGAAUUAAACUAGUAUACAUCUUUAAGGUGUUUUCAAGGAAAAAAGCAGCAUGUGUUUAUGUGAAGUAUUAUAUUUUUCAAUAACCCUAUAGCAGCUCCAUGCAGGGAAAGAACCCUAGAGACUUGCAAGGAAGAGCUGUGCUCUUUUCUGAGUGCACUGGGGAGUGAGGAGUUGGAAGAGGUCAAAUGUGUAGUUAGAUGGUAGUUUAAAAUUGUUCCACUGGCUGUGACUGCUAGGUCUCCUUAGAGCAAGAGUGGAGAUUCUCCCUCUUUCCUUCUCCCCCUUCCAUUUUGGCUUCCCUUUAUUUAUUUGUUUGUUUUCUAAUUAGGGGCCAAGUCUGUAAAGUUUUGUCAAACUGAGUUCGAAGUUAUUUUGUUACUAUUUGUGUUUACCAGAGUUGGAAGAUAAGGUAGUUUCCAUGAAAGUGUGUAUGUUUUACACCACGUCUGUAAUAAGGCCAUCCGUUGGUAACUUGAAAACAGACCAGCUAAAUGUCUUAUGGAUAUAAGCCUCUGAAUAUACAGGGGUCUCUUCAUACAUUGCAUGCAGGUUGUUAGUACCUCACAAGCUACAGAAGUUCAGCCAUGAAAAUUUGUUGGCAGCGUGAUCAGAUUUGUGAAUAAAACUGCAAGUUUUUUUGUUCUUUUUUAAUAUUUUCAGAAUCCUGAUACCUUAAGUACUUUUACACCUCUGUUAUUGACUUUUUGUCAGCCUUACCUGGGCCUAGACUGUAUCCCUGGAAAACAAAAACUUCAGUCAUCAGGAUUUUUCUUUUAGGGUUAGGAUUACCACACUGCCUGUGAUAGAAUGUGGCUUCUGUGUCAGUUUAUAAGGAUUCUGUCUAAAAACUCAAGAAUAGGAUCACACAAUUCAGUUGAAGUUCUUGGUCAUGAGAUGUUUGCUAGGCAUCCACUGUGUGUAAGACACAAGGCCAUAAUAACACAGAACAAUGCUGUCAAGUAUUGUUUGAAACAUGGCCAAAAUGCAUUUUAUUAGUUUUGCUAUUGCGAUGGGCUUUAGUGUAAGUUCCUAAAAAAAAAAAUUCAAGCAGUGAAAAAUAGGAUCCCUCAGCAUUUUGUAGUUCUUUUUCUAAACUGAUAACAUAAAAUGUCACUUGAUAAGUCUGAAAAACACGGUCACACAAGCAGUGCUUUGUGAGUGAGUUUCUUAGCUUUUACAAGGCACCAUACCUCUCAAAAUUUGGGGUUUUGUUAAUAAAACAUUUUAUAAUGUAUAUUCUACAUUAAUUACCUUUUCUCCCUUAACUAAUUGAGUUAUAUACUGCACUGUAAGUUGAAGUUUAGCCAUCCAUUAUUUAUCUUCUGUACAAUGCAUUUAUAUGGUUGGUUAGGUGGGGAAUUUUUUGCACAAGAUGCAAAAUGAUUGGAUUUUGACUUCCUAUUACAGGGAGGGUUUGUUUGUUUGUUAUUAUAAACAUUAAUUUCCUAUACAUUUUUCCAAUCCCCAUACAAACUAUUCCUGUUUACACACAUUCUUUGUUGUAUCUGUACUUUGAUUCUGGUGAGAAGAGAGUUUACUUAAAACUUGAGAGGGCCACUGAGCAUUGCCUAUUGUUUUUGCUUCUCAAAUUUGUAUAGUACACUGGUUUGUAAUCAUUGUGUCUUUGUAAAGUCCAAGUUUGUUUGCUAUCUUUCUUCUUCCUCAAGGAUAUAUAUUGUCUUUAUAUACUUAAGAAAAAAGAUCUUCAUUAUCCUCAUUUUCUUUGAAUUGGAAACACAGAAAAAUGAAGGACUCCAACUAGAAGAUAGACAUUUACAUUUAAAUAUCAAUAGAUUAGCAGGAAAGAGUUUAAACAUUUCCAGUAUUAGUUUUUGUUUUAAGAUUCAUUUAAGAGACUGCUCCUUGUACUGGGAGAUACUAGUAUACAUUUGUAAUAUUAUCUUAAAGUUAUCUUUUACUUUUUAUAGGACCCAUAAAUACUAGUUAAGAUCUUUCAGAAGUCAGGCUUCUGUCAUGAACGGUUUCACUGCCAUCAGCCAGGCUGAUAUAUUAUAAAUGGCAUCCCUACCUACUUAUUUUAAUUCUUAUAAUUUUAUAUCAAAUGCUUUAUUUAGAAAAACUAUAUAAUACAGUGGCAUAAGCUUUGCCAUGUACCACUUUCACUUGAAAUUUGAUACCAGUUAAAGAGGUUUGGGGUGAGAAAGAGGUAUUGGAAAGCAGAGAGAUAGGAUCUCUUUCCUUUUUUGCAACAGUAUCUUUAAUGUGGGAGAAGUUACCAUUCAGUAGAAGGCAGCUUAAAUGGAUAACGUUUUAUGUAUCAUUCAGAAUUUUCCUUAUGACAUGUAAAAAAAUUUGUAUAAUUGUUAAAUGCCCAGUUUUGCUCUAUAUUUGCCUGAAGUUUUAAUGUUUGUUUUCUAGAUGGACUUCUAAAAACCAAACCAGUACUUGGGGAGGUUAAGAUGUGUAUGAUUUCAGGCUUGGUGUGUAUGAGUGGUUUUGCUUGCUUUUUGGUUGUAUUUUCUUCCAGAG